AUAAUAUCAAUAGUGACAAAUAGCAAUAGUAGUUAAUAUAAAGUAAAAAAAUUUGAUGAAAAAAAUUCAAAUCAUCAUCAACAGUUAUCGUGAUGAUAUUGCCAAAAAUUCAAGGUUUGUGAUUAAAUCCUUAAUUAUUUGUUGUUGUUUUUUAAACUGAGUUGUCAAUUUGAUUUGGUUGCGAUUCUCAUUAUCAAAGUUGUUGAUUUAAAGUUAUAUAAUGGUUAAUGGAUUUUCAAUGGCAAAGUUGACCAGUUACUCGUUAAUCUGCUUUGUGGUAAUUAACUUUCUCUCUGGAUUAACUAAUUCAGCAUCAACACAAUCAUCAUCAUCAUCAUCAUCGUCUACAGCAACAUCACCAUUAUCAGAAUUAUCCUCAACAUCAUCGACAACAUCAACAGUGAAAAUUGAAACUGAACUUGUGAGUAGUGAAUCAAAAAAUAAUGAAGAUAAAAAUGAUUUACUCAAAGAUCUUAAGGACUUGGGACCUGAUGAUUUAGCGAAACUAAUUAGAGCUAAAAAGGAGAAAGAAUUAGAUGAAUUUAAAUCAAAGAUAACUAAUAUAAGAGGUAAUCGUGAAGUAUUAGAUUCUUAUCGACAAGAUCGACAACAACAGCAACAGCAACAGCAGAAAGGAGCACCAAUAGUUCAACAACAAGAGGAUGAUUAUCAAAAUUCAGGUGAUUCAGUAGCAAAUGAAGAUAAUUUUGAUGAUGAAAAUGAUUCACCAGGAUUACCGGCCAAUGAGAAAGGAGUUAAAAAACCCAAGUAUGGAAAUUUAGGUUCUCUACUUCCGUUUUUACCUAAUCCAGGAUCUGUAAUGACAAUGAUGGUUAAACCAAUUGAUCGUCCAGAGCAAAUGGUUUGUGAUUGUUACAAUCCAGGUAAAACUUCAAGUCAACAACCACAACAACAGCAGCAACAAUUACAAAUAACACAACAACAACAACAACAGAUAUGGCCACCAAUGGUAUCGAAUCGUAAAGUGCCAAUGAUACCUCCAAUGGCACCGAUGGCACCAAUUCAACCAAUGCAACCGCCGAUUAGUUUAUUCCCACCGAGUCCAUUUUCAUUUAUUGGACAACAUUUUGCAAACAAACCAAUGUCUUCUCAUAAAAAGAAACAAUUAAAUCCAUUGAGUUUACUUUUAAUGGGUUUAACUGGAGGUAAACGAAAGCGAACUCGACCUCGACCUCGACCUGUUUACCCCAGUUAUCCACCCUUUCAGCAGCAACAACAACAAUCCUCCUUAGCAUCAAUUUUACCUGGAUUUGAACCCAAUGAACCUGAGUUAAUGUAUCCAGUGCAACAAGUAUACAACAUAAAAGGUAAUGGCGGAAGUGGAAAAGGCGGAGGUGGUGGACGAAAGGGACGAAAACGACCUAGAAAACCUUACAAUAAUCUACCACCACCACCGUCAUCAAUUAAAGGAAGAUCGAAAGGUAAAGGCUCGGAAAAAGGUAAAUGGCAUUGGACAAUGACGGAUGAUUACAAAGAUCUAACACAAGGAUUUAAUGAACAAUAUUAAUUGAACUAUUUACUAUCAUGGGAUCGCAACUUUUCCUGAAAAUCACCAAUAAAAAAAUACUUACACACAGAGA